CCCUAUGAAUGUAAACAGUGUGGUAAAGCCUUUUCCAAUCCCAGUAGUCUGCAACUACAUAAAAGAACCCAUACUGGAGAGAAACCUUAUGAAUGUAAUCAGUGUGGGAAAACCUUUUCACAACCCAGUAGUCUCCAACUGCAUAAAAGAACACAUACUGGAGAGAAACCCUAUGAAUGUAAUCAGUGUGGGAAAGACUUUUCACAACCCAGUGGUCUCCACCUGCAUAAAAGAACACAUACU